ACUAGACGCUGUGGUUUCUCUUGAGAGCGCAGCGCUUUUCCUCAGGUUUCUCUGUUGUGAUCAGUUGGCGCUGCAGACAUCUUUCUCCGGACUCUGUGCCUGUUGACCUCCGAUGCGGGGCUACCCUCUUUCUGCCCGGCUCAAACUCUGUUACUAUUAGUCCGCACUGCACGCUGAAUGAUGCUUUUACGGGGCUACGGAUCUGCGGGACCGUGGGGGUGGCUGACGCUGCUCCUGGUAGCUUGCGCGGCAUGGGCCUCUGAAAUCACUUUCGAGCUGCCUGACAAUGCCAAACAAUGUUUUUACGAGGAGAUUGUCCAGGGCGCAAAGUGCACCCUCGAAUUUCAGGUGAUCACUGGAGGCCAUUAUGAUGUGGACUGUCGGUUGGAAGGUCCCGAUGGUUCUGUAUUAUACAAAGAGAUGAAGAAACAAUAUGAUAGUUUCACAUUUACUGCAUCCAGAAAUGGAACAUACAAAUUCUGCUUCAGCAAUGAGUUCUCUACUUUCACACACAAAACCGUGUACUUUGAUUUCCAGGUUGGAGAAGAUCCACCACUGUUUCCUAGUGAGAACAGAGCAACUGCACUUACUCAGAUGGAGUCUGCGUGUGUUUCAAUUCAUGAAGCUCUCAAGUCUGUCAUUGAUUAUCAGACUCAUUUCCGGUUGAGAGAAGCACAAGGCCGCAGCAGAGCAGAGGAUUUAAACACAAGAGUAGCCUAUUGGUCAAUAGGGGAGGCAAUCAUUCUUCUUGUAGUUAGUAUUGGGCAAGUAUUUCUCCUCAAAAGCUUCUUCUCAGAUAAAAGAACCACAACAACCCGUGUUGCAUCAUAACUGCUAGUAAUAAUGCUUCAGGUCAUUGUUUUGUCACUUUUGAAAUUACCGUUCUUCAAUUAAUUGUAAGUACAAGGACCUAAAUAUAUGAAACAGCUAAAUGUCUACCCCUCCUCAUUGAUUAAAAUCACAAAACAUAACCCACAAGUUAUAAAAGGGACACCCAGUUUUAGAGUAAACUUAGUGUUUUCUGAUACUUGUAUUAAAUAUCUGGCAAUGACUAGCCUCUCUUUGGUUUUGCUGAUUUUAAUCCAAAUUGAGUUUGACAUUACUGAUAUGAUUGCCCAUCUGUUAUAAUGCUUUAAAAGAACCUGACAAUCUAGUGUCUGAUGUGAAAGACAAUACUCAUGAAAAUUUGAUUUGACUUGAAUUUCCAGGCUGAAUGUGUUGGAUUAUAAGCAUGCUAAUGUGAUGAACUGUAGUUGUGAGAUGUAUUGCAGUUUUGAUUUGCUGUAACAAAAAAACAAUUCAAUUAUAUAAUUUGCUUAUCUGUAAAAUUGUUGCAAGCUUGAUACUACAUAUUGGUGCAAAGUCUCCACUUGCCUGGUAAAUCACCUUCAAAGCCUGCUAAAUUUUAUACUUGAGUUUAUUUGUCUAAACACACACUUUUCUACAUUAAAAUAUAAUGCAUUUAUUCUUUUACAAUGUUUUAUUAAACAACUUCUAAACUGAAACUACUUGAGAAACAUGCUUUCUCUAUUCAAAAAUUUUAAAUCUCCAAGAUGUUUUUAAAAAUGCAAUAAAAUGGGGAAUAUUGUGACUUUGUUACUGAAGCUAUGCAAUCUCUGUACUAGUGCUGCUGCUUGUCACAUUUAAGACCAGAGAUUGGUUUUUAUCAAGCAGUUCAGCACCAGCACCAGUUACAUUGCAUCCAUUAGGCAUGUGCAAAGCUUUUAAUUAAAUUGUUUUCCUAUUAAGAAGCCCAUUUAAUACUAAUACUACAUUGUGUGAGUGUUGUGUGCUUUAUUUCUCUGCUUGAUGCACUGAUACAUUAUGACCUUGUACAUGUAAUUGCUAAACUUCUGUUAGUAGUCAAAAAUGUUUUAAAUGUUUUGUGAUGUCUUUUUGGUAGAUUUGUAGCUGCAUUGCUUCCACUGUUCAUAUCUUUAGUUUAUGUAUUUUUAAAAAAAUCUUGGUUUAUUUGGAUGUGGAAGACAGUAAAUAUAUAUACAUACAAGUACCUUUAAUUGAGCUAGUCAAAAUAAGGAAAGACUUCUUCAGAUGGUUCUGGAGGAAUACAUUAACUUGGACCAGUUUUUAAGUGCACAUAAACAAAGCUAAGAUUAAAAAAAUUAGUUACUAGCUCUAAUUCAAAAAUAUUCCACUUAAAUUGUUGGGGCCUGGGCUAUUUUAGAAUAGUUGGAAAUGAAUCAAGGAUAUGAACAAGGUCAGUAAAGAAGUUGUUUUGCUGAUGUAGCAAAGAAUUAGGCAUUUUAGCCAGCAAAAGAUGUGCACCUGAAUGGGGGGAAAUUAAGCCGAUAAUGACAGCCAAUAAGAAGGAGAAUGAUUUUGUGUGGACGGCACAUGAACAAUGUAUGCAACCAAUUAUAUAGCUAGAUGACAGCAGCUAGGUGCGUGCACGGAAAUAUAAUUGUAUAAAUAACCAUCAACUGCAAGUAAACUUGGUACGACUUCUGCGUCAUAUUGGUGUUUGUGUUGUUCCUGUCUCACAUGAUGAAAUCUACCCCAGCAUCCUGGUGAAUCCCGACGUGAUCAGGACUUGGGAGAAGGCAAGGUUCCUGACGGCUGGUGAUGAGGUAAGCUGGGCUGUCCGAGAGUGAUGGGAGCAGAUCCAUGCUCAGAAUUAUUGGGACUCUGGUGUUUCAGCAGGAUGGGAUCUGCUGCAUCAGCAGUAGAAAAGGCAGCUGUACAGAGCCUGCUCCAGAUAGCUAAACGGACUGAAACUAAGCUGCUGGAGGGAGACCUUAUGACACUCUUAUGUUGGUGCCAGCGGAGAGGACUUUUAAAAGAGCCAGAUGAGUUAUUUAGUACAGAAGCAUGGGACUAUAUUGGUACCGAAUUGUGGGACUCUGUUGAAAACGAAGAGGCACGGAGGCUGGCUCCUAUCUGGCAGACAGUAAAAACGAUGAUAGAAAACAUGCAAGGAGAAGCAAAAGUCAGUGCAGCAAUGAAGAGGGCAGUAAAUCAUGCUUCCAAGCCAGAGCUUAAAGGAGAGAAAAAGCUUUUACUCCCUCAUUUUCCAGCACCCCCUGUUGCAUUCCCUGUCUCCCAGACUGAAAACAAGUUUUGGGGAGGAAAUGAAUUAGAUCCUGGUUCUUGGGAGCCCUCUGCUGAGGCAUUGGCACCUCCUCUGCCGUAUGCAAAUAGCAGACAGAAGAGCCCUGAGGGUGUGCCUCUCCCUAUGGAGAUAGAACCAAGCGAAGUUGGUAAUCAUGCUCCCUCAGACGCCACUCGAUAUCCCAACCUCCAUGAUACCGUCUCUUGGGAGGUGCUGGAAGAACAAAAGGAAAAAUGAUGAGGUUAUUAGAAGAGAUGCAAAGACUUGAUAAGGGGUCCUCAUGAUAGUAAAAGGUUUUAAAAUCUUAGAAAAUUCGGGGACUUAGAAAGAAAGUUAGGUUUGGAAAGCCCUGGGAAAAGUAGGCCCUGGGAAAUGUUAGGCCUUGUGCUUGCUAAAGAUCAGGUCAAACUGCACCUGUGUAAUCAGUAGAUGAUCAUGAUACAAUGGUUAGAUAUGAUUAGAUAUAAUUAUUGUUUAAAGAACAUGAGGAACAAUGUUAGGGGGCUGGGGGGGAUCGAUCACGAGAAAUCCAUGCUUGGGUAAAAACAAUGCUUACAAUAGAACAAUGUAAGUUUAAUAAUUAAUAUGUAAGUUAUAUAACGAUAGAGUAUAAAACAUGUUCAACUCAAAAUGGGGUCAGGUCAGAUUUGGGUAUGUGUACCCUUGACACCCAGAGCUCUUCAA